AUGGCUCACUACAGAUGCGACACCUGGGGACUUGAAAAAUCUUUGGAGUUUUACGUCUCCUUUUUCCUAAAAAGUUUCAAGAACAACAACAACGAUUACCUAUCAGCCAGAGUCGUUGCUUACUCCAAUGUUGGGUUGAUUUUGAUUUAUUCAAAGCCACUCAAGGAGAAGAAUGGAUCCUUUUACGUGGCUAAUCCGGUUUCACGGGAAUGCGUAGAAAUCCUCUUUCCUGAUACUCUUCCUCUAGGGUUUGAAACGAUUCAAGAGUGCCCGACCAUAGGAAUUGUCACUAGAACUGGUGACAAGGGCGUUGUUUUAAGUUACAAAGUUGUUCUCAUGGAUGAAAGGCAAAGAGAGACGAGUUUCACUUUCCUGAUAUAUUCAUCUGAGACAGGCUUGUGGAGUCUCACCACUUAUCAUCUUCCUUACUCUCUUAUCCUUCGUGGUUAUCGCUUAGCCAUCAGCUUAAACGAAAACCUUCACUGGCUCUCCUGGAACAGUCUCGUGGGAGGUAGAGUUGUUGUAUCCAUCGAUUUCUACGAUGGUUCUGAUCGAUGCCGUGUUACACCUUUCCCUGACUCGGAUAAAACUACCAAAUUUGAAAGAGCUUGCACAGCUUCUCAAGGGUUUCUCAUGUAUAUGAACAUAGUCUCUGAGGAUAAGCUAUGUCUAUGGAGGCUACAGAGCGACGGCUGGCAACUAAUAUCUGCAAUAUCCCCGGUGGCUUUGAUUUCGACCGGUUUAGAUUGUCCCGUGACAAUGAACCCUUUUGAUGGGAAAACAGCUUACUUUUACAGCAAGGAACAGGAAGGUUUGCUAUCUAUAAACUUGCACAAUGGCAAGUUUGUGCUCCACAAUCAGUUGGAACAUAGCAGAGACGACGGUCGCAUUAUAGUUUCCGUUAAAGGUCCUGGACUCAUGGAUUAUUUUAAAAAAUCAGACUGUUCCUCCUUCGUUCUCCCACAAUGGUUGCAUCGGAUCCCCAACACAAUGACAAGAGUUUAG